AUGGAUUAUCGGAAACCGUUGCGGCAGGAUCCGGUGAAUGAUGCCCGAUUCUACGAGAGCCUCAUCAAACCGCCGCAUUUGAGAAGCCCUGAGGAUAUCCGAAACGUCUACGAGCAACUACGGCAACUCGACACAUUCAGCAAUUUGUAUAAUGCGCCUUUAAAGGCGAUUUGCGCAUCGGCGAGAUAUGAGCGACAUCCAGCGCAUUUCAUAUUGUUCCGAGACGGCGAGAUCGCCUCGUGCUGGUUCAUUCUUCUCUCCGGCUCGGUGUUCAUCGAAAACCACAUUUAUCUUCCCUAUGCCUGCUUCGGCAAACGCAACGGACUCAAUUAUCGGCGAACACACGACUGUAUGCUGUUGCAAGAAUCGGAAAUGAUUGUGAUUGAUUAUCCGGAAGUGAACGGCGGCGCGCCGGGUGCAAGUUCGCCUCGAAUACCGGCGAGAAUGUCGACGAGCGUCUCGUCAGCGGCUGACUAUCACCACCAACAUCAUCAGCAGCAGCAGCAGAAAUUGCCGCGAAAAUCGGUGCCCAACGCGGAUUCUAUUGCUAUGCCACCGCCACCAGUUCCACCGCGACCACUUCGCCUACCGCCGACGGUGUCGAAGGGUCCCGCGCCGUUGCCGCCUCGCGGCCUACCGCGAACCUAUCCGAUGGAUUUCCCUGUCGAUGUUCCGACGACAUCGACGACCGCUGCCGUCUAUUCCGGCUCGGACCAUCGAAGUCAGGUGUAUUUGAAUGGCUCGACGGCCGAUGAUGAGACGACGCUGGUGCGUGUGAAGCAUCGACGCGAGAAGAGCAACUCGAUUGGCGGAAUGGCGGCGGGCGCGGCUCGCCGCCUCCGCGGACGCAGCACGGCCUCGUCGACGACGACCGACGGCGAGACGGCGUCGAACGACGGCGGCGAGACCGACGACGAGGAGGGCUCGAUGCCGUCGCAGGAGAGCAGCAGCGGCGGAUUCGUCGAUCUUCGCGAUUCGGUUCGCGAGUGUUUAGAGAAGGAGCCCGCCGAGAGGAAUUCCGAAGAUCUCGCGGUUCUCAUGGAUUUCAUGCAACACAUGUCGGCAUUUGCCGCGCUGCCGAUGUCGAUCAAACGACAAUUGUGCCUAAAAAUGGUGUUCGCCGUUGUGAACGAGGCGGGCACCGUCGUGCUCGGCCAUAAUGAGCGUCUCGACUCGUGGUCUGUGAUCGUGAACGGAUGCGUCGAGGUGGUGAAGCCGAACGGCGAACGCGUCGAAUACAAAUUGGGCGACUCGUUUGGCGCCGAGCCAAUCCCCGCCCCCCAAUAUCACAUUGGCGAAAUGUGCACCAUGGUCGAUGAUUGCGAGUUUGUGCUCGUUGAGCAUCGAGAGUUCUGCCAAAUCAUGUCGACGAUCGGCGAGCACAUCGAGAAGGAUCGCGACGAUCUGACCGGCGAGAUUCUGUCGGAAAUGGAGCGUCGAACCGUCGGCGCACACACGGGCCAAAUUCUGCUGAAAGGCAAACCCGACAAACUCAUUCAGCACAUGGUCGACGAGCGCGAUCACAACGUCGAUCCGCACUACGUCGACGAUUUUCUACUCACCUAUCGCGUCUUCAUUCGCGAUCCGACGACGAUCUUUGAGAAGCUGAUGUUGUGGUUCGCCGACGCGGUGUAUCGCGACAAAGUCGCCCGCAUCGUUCUCCUCUGGGUCAACAACCAUUUCAACGAUUUCGAGACGAACGACGAGAUGUGGAAGCUGCUCGAACGCUUCGAAGGCGCCCUCGAGCGCGACGGAAUGCACUCGCAAUUGUCGCUUCUGAACAUCGCGUGCUCGGUGAAGGCGAAACCGCGAGCGUUGGUGAUGGCGCGCAAAAAAGACGACGCGAUGAUGAUGAGAAUCGUCGGCGGCAAAGACGUCAAUCAGCCGGUGUUUGUCGCCGAGGUGUUUCCGGACACGCCGGCCGCCGCCGAGGGUCUGAAGCGAGCCGAUGAGAUGAUCGAGAUCAAUCAGCAAUCGGCCAAAUAUCUCACUGUUGGCAAAGCGCAGGAAAUGUUGCUCGGAACUCUCAAUCUCAAUCUUCUCGUCAAAAACAAUAUUCUCGGAUUCAAAGAAGUUGUGGGAAAAAAGGAGCACCGCGAUUCGAAUGGCCGCUUACGGAAUGGCGGCCAACGUCAUCCGACGCCGAUGGUGAUACCUGUGCAUAAGACGAGUCUGGCGUCGAGUAAGACGACGAUCAAAUCGAACGGAAGUGGCGGCAGCAAAUCGAGUAUGAUGGACAAACUGAUGACGAUAUUGAAGGCGAACAAGGACGACGGCGAUUUCGCCGACGAGGCGAGAAUCAUGACCGCUUCCGAAUUGCGGCCGAGUCGAUCGAAUCCCGACAUCACGUCGAUAUCGCAAUACUACGGACCAGUGAGAAGCGAAUGUCCCGAGCAUGUUUUGAAGAUUUAUAGAAACGAUCAGACAUUCAAAUAUCUGCCGGUUUACAAGGAGACGUCGGCGCGGAACGUGGUGCAGCUGGCGCUUCAAGAGUUCAACAUGACCGCCGAAGGCAGUCCGGAAUGGUCGUUGUGCGAAUGCACGGUCACCAUCGACGGUGUGAUCAAGCAGCGACGAUUGCCGCCGCAAUUGGAGAAUCUCGCCGAGCGAAUCGCGUUGAAUAGCAGGUACUAUUUGAAGAACAACAGCCGUUCGGAGCCGUUGGUGCCCGAUGAGCUGGCGCCGGAGAUUCUCAAAGAGGCGCAGACGCACCUGUUGAAUUUGAACGCGCAAGUCGUCGCCGCGCAACUCACCCUUCAGGAUUUCGCCGUCUUCUCCGCCAUCGAGCCGACCGAGUUCGUCGAUGAUCUGUUCCGAUUGCAUUCAAAGUAUGGCUCGCCGAGACUUGAAGAGUUUGAGCAGUUGUUCAACAAAGAGAUGUGGUGGGUUGCCACUGAGAUUUGCAUGGAGCGAAAUGUGCAGAAACGCGCGAAACUCAUCAAGAAGUUUAUCAAAAUUGCGAGAUAUUGCCGCGAUUUGCGCAACUUCAAUUCGAUGUUCGCCAUCAUGUCGGGUUUGGACAAGCCGGCGGUUCGACGCCUCCACUCGAGUUGGGAGCGCGUCUCGAGCAAAUACAUUCGAAUGCUCGACGAGAUCCAUCAGUUGGUCGACCCGUCGCGAAACAUGUCCAAAUAUCGCCAACAUCUCGCCGACGUCGCCCAAGAGCCGCCGGUCGUUCCCAUCUAUCCGGUGAUCAAAAAAGAUUUGACGUUCGCGCACGACGGCAAUCCGACGUACGUCGAGAAGCUCGUCAAUUUCGAGAAGCUUCGCCUCAUCGCCAAAUCGAUUCGCAAUGUGAUGAAGUUGAGCAGCGCGCCGUAUGAGAUCGCCAGCAUGGCCGAACGGAGCGGCGGCGCCGUAAUCGACGCACUAUUGCACAUGAACACGUUCGAGGGUUCGAAUGUGGCGACGAUGAGAAAAGGGAUGAACCAUCGGCAGAGUCAGCCGCGCAAAAAAAUCUACGAGCAAUCGUUGAUGGUGCGAAAAGUCAAAGCCUAUCUGGAGGGAUUGCACGUCGUCGAUAACGAGAUGGAGCUCGACGCGAUGAGCUACGAUAUUGAGCCGCAACCGCAAUCAGCGCGCAACUCGUCGACGGCAAACGCGACGCGCCGCGUUCCAUCGCCAACCCCGUCGUCAUUGUCAUCGCAAUCGGCCGGCAAAUCGUCGACGCGCGCGAAAUUCGGAGCCGAAUCGCCGCAAGCUGUUCAAAAAAUGCUCGCGUUGGUGCAAAACAGCAAAAUCAAAGGUGCCACCAACACCGCCUCCACCAGUUCAUCGUCAUCGGGCCAAUCGGCCGCCAAUAACAAUUCGGCGGCGACACCGCGCGGACUUCAACGCAACGUGCCGCGCGUCAAAACGCGAAUCGGUCCCAACGGGACCCUCCAACGAAAUAGUGGUCCCGUCGAGCCGGUGCCAUUGAAUGAGGAGACGUCGUCGGUCACCACGUUCUACUCGACAGAAUUCGCACGACGUCAACGAUCGGGUUCCGAAGGUCGAUUCUCAUCGAACUCGACGUUUUAUUUGUCGCCGAACGACGACGACGACGUCGCGAUCUCGACGACGUCACCACAACGACGAGCACGCUCGCGUUCGCCGUCGUUGUCGUCGUCGAUGAUGUUGUGCUCGGCGACGGCGUUGGCGCCAGCCGAUUCACAUUCGACAUUGCGCGGAUAUGUUUUAGGCCAUCGCCCAAUGCCGUUCAUCACCAACGGCUCCGCCACACUGCCAUCGCCAAGAGGGCUUCCACCAAAAUCGCGUCCGCCAAUUGUGGUGUCGCGCAAGAACUCGAGCGGCGCCCGAAUGACGACGAUUCGCGAGGCGACGUUUCUCACUUCCGAUCAAGUGUCGCGCGUGUGA